AUGGCCUUUGAUCAUUACAUGGCCAUCUGCAAACCCUUGCACUAUUUGAUCAUCAUGAACUGGCAGGUGUGUGUCCUACUGGUGGGGGUAGCCUGGGUAUUGGGCUUCUUUCAUUCAAUAAUUCAGAUUCCCAUUCUAUUCUGGCUGCCCUUCUGUGAUCCCAAUGUCAUUGAUCCUUUUUUCUGUGACAUGUACCCUUUGUUGGAACUCACCUGCACAAACACCUACGUCGUGGGCCUGUCAGUGGCUAUCAACGGUGGCCUGAUCUGCACUGUCUGUUUCCUCAUGUUGGUCGUCUCCUACAUGGUCAUCUUGAACUCCCUAAAAAAUUAUAGUUCAGAGGGAAGGUGCAAAGCCCUCUCCACCUGUGGCUCUCAUGUCAAGGUUGUCAUGCUGUUCUUUGUUCCCUGUAUCUUCACCUACAUGAGGCCUGCCUCCACCUUCCCCAUGGACAAAACAGUGGCCAUAUUCUAUGUUUUCAGUACUCCCAUGUUAUAA